AUGUCCUCUUUUGAAGAAAUGUGCCUGCUGUAUCGUGGACUUCCGCUUACCAGAUUUUCUUUCUCAGAGGAUUUAAAGUUUUUUGAAGAAUUCAUCUUUAAAGAUGAUGACAUUUUACUUGUCACAUACCCAAAGUCAGGCACAACAUGGAUGAAGGAGAUCCUCACCAUGGUGCUGAAUGGUGGAGAUCCAACCCCAUGCCAAACCAUUCCCAACUGGGAGAGAGUCCCAUGGCUGGAACAAAGAAAAAUGAUAGAAUUUGUGUUAAAGCUGACAUCUCCACGUUCACUCUGCACACAUUUUCCCUGCAAACUGAUGCCCUCUUCCUUCCACACUUCCAGGGCCAGGGUGAUCUACGUCAUGAGGAACCCAAAGGACGUCUUGGUGUCUUCAUACUACUUCCACCAGAUGGCUUCUUUCCUCCAAGAWCCAGGAAGUCUUGAUGAGUUCAUGGACAGAUUUCUGAAAGGCAGAGUGAUAUUUGGAAAAUGGACAGAUCAUGUGAAGAGCUGGAAAUCUGCAGAGCUGGGAGACAGAAUAAUGUUCAUCACGUAUGAAGAAAUGAUUCAAGACCUUUCUGCAGCUGUUAGGCGUCUUUCAAACUUCCUGGGCCAUAAUCUGAGUGAAGAAGUCAUCCAAAAUAUUGCAGAGUACAGUUCUUUUAAAACCAUGAAGAACAAUAAAAUGUCCAACUUCACCCUGAUCUCCAAGGAGGUUCUGAACACUGACAAGUCUGUUUUCUCGAGGAAAGGAAUAAUGUGA